AUGGACGCAGCAUGGGUCCCCGUCUGGGGCCCUUGGGACCUGGUCGCUGUCGAGCGCGCGGAUUGGGCCAUCGACGGCCUCGCUCGAUCGGAGCCUGGCUACGACAAGCAACAACACGGCACGGGAAGCUCUCAGCGAGACAUGCUUGACGCUAGUGCGCACGGAGGAUUGGCUCCCCGGCUGCUGUUACAGUAUGCUUCCUUUUUCCUCGGUCCUGUCGACGCCGCCGUUUUCCAGAACGCCAGCGUUGGGCCCCGUUGGCCUCGUGCAGGCGCCGUUGAUGCGGCCAGUGGCCCCGAUGCAAUCCCUGGCGCUUGUGCAUCACCAGGGGUGUCAUGGCUCCAAACGCCCAAUUCGUCCGUGUUCUGUUGGGGAGUUCGGACGAGCGAGGUCGCCGCCGACUCGCCGCCUUUGCCCUCGGCCCGGUGGGGCCUCCUCGCCCAGGUGUUUGCCAACUAA